AUGGCUGCGGAAUCUAGGCAUUGCAUGCUUUUAAUUACAUACUCUGAAGAAAUUGUGGAUGGCAAGCCAAUAAAUGUAUCAUCCAACUGCCUUCCGGUCAAGGCACUGAAUCUCGAACCAGCUGGGCAUGCUUUCCACUCGGCUGCUCUUAGGUCGGUUGGCCACUCGGCAGAGGUGGACACAGAAGAUGAUAAUACUGAUAAGGAAGCUCCAAGUGGGAAAGAACGUGUAUACGUGGAAUCAUCCGACUCGUACAGCAGUAAAGGAAAGAAGAAAACUAGCGGCGGUGAACAGGAUCAUUAUGCAUUAUUGGGUUUGAGUCACUUGAGGUAUCUAGCCACCGAGGACCAGAUUCGGAAAAGUUACCGUGAAGCUGCUCUGAGACACCAUCCAGACAAGCAGGCUGCCCUUUUGCUUUCCGAGGAAACCGAGUCAGCCAAGCAAGCGAAGAAGGACGAGAUAGAAACCCGUUUCAAGGCCAUUCAGGAAGCGUACGAGGUUCUGAUAGACCCUGUCAGGAGAAGAAUAUACGACUCGACUGAUGAGUUUGAUGACGAGAUCCCUCAGGACUGCGCGCCUCAGGAUUUCUUCAAGGUUUUCGGGCCCGCUUUCAUGAGGAAUGGGCGUUGGUCGGUGGCCCAACCCAUCCCAAUGCUUGGGGAUGAUAAUACGUCGUUGAAAGAAGUUGACAGCUUUUACAAUUUUUGGUAUAGCUUCAAGAGCUGGAGGGAAUUCCCGCAUGCUGACGAGUUUGACCUUGAGCAGGCUGAGUCACGUGAUCACAAGAGGUGGAUGGAGAGGCAGAAUGCAAAGCUUUCGGAGAAAGCGAGGAAGGAAGAGAACGUGCGAAUACGCACCCUCGUUGAUAACGCCUAUAAGCGUGACCCGAGGAUAUUGAGGAGAAAAGAGGAAGAGAAAGCUGAGAAGCAGAGGAAGAAGGAUGCGAAGCUUUUGGCUAAGAAAUUGCAGGAGGAAGAGGCGGCUAGGGCUGCCGAAGAGGAAAGACGGCAGAAAGAAGAGGAGAAAAAGAAAGCUGCUGAGGCUGCCCUUAUCGAGAAAAAAUCCAAGGAGAAGGAGAAAAAGCUGCUGCGGAAAGAGCGGGCCCACCUCCGGUCUCUUUCGGCUUCCGUCUUGUCCCAGCAUUUGCUUGACCUUACGGAUGAACAUGUGGAGAGCCUUUGUUCGUCACUUGAUAAAGUGCAGCUCAGAACCUUAUGUGAGCAGAUGGAAGGAAAGGAAGCUCUGGAAAGUGCCGAGAUUUUGAGAAAGACACUCGAAUCCGAUCUCAAGCAGAAAGACGAGCACAGUUCUCAGCAGAAUGGUUCUGUAGCUGGGCACGAGCAAGUUACUUACAUCAGCAAUGGGAAAAAGGAAAAACCAUGGAGUAAAGAGGAGAUCGAGCUUCUGAGGAAGGGCAUGGUGAAAUACCCUAAAGGGACAUCUCGAAGGUGGGAGGUGAUUUCCGAGUAUAUUGGCACCAAAAGGUCUGUAGAAGAGAUUCUUAAAGCCACAAAAACAGUCCUGCUGCAGAAGCCUGAUUCAGCCAAAGCCUUCGACUCCUUCCUUGAGAAAAGGAAGCCAGCACAAACAAUUGCAUCUCCCCUUUCGACUAGAGAGGAUCUGAAGAGCAGCAUGCAUAGUGUGAAUGGAUCUGUUGACUCGGACAAUCUACCCGAAUCAUCAUCAAAUCAUCAAACUGCAAACAUUUCAAGCUUGGAUGAUGGUAGUACAGAUCAAGAUAAUUUGUGGUCAGCUGCUCAGGAAAAAGCUCUCGUCCAGUCUCUGAAAACCAUCCCGAAAGAAACUAGCCAGAGAUGGGAAUUAGUUGCGGCUGCAGUUCAAGGGAAAACCGUGGAGCAAUGCAAGAAGAAAUUCGCAUUGAUGAAGGAAAGCUUCAGAACUGGUAAUGCUGCAAACAGCACUAGUAAUGCUGAUUCUCAUGAGUCAUCUGCUACGGAUGGGAAAAGCAGCAAAAAUAGUUCGGCUAAAAUCGAGGCUGAGAAUGGGACAUCAUCUGGGUCGGAUGUGGAUGUGUGGUCUGAAGUUCAAGAGAAAGCAUUGAUCCAAGCCCUCAAAACCUUCCCUAAAGAAACUAACCAAAGGUGGGAGCGCGUGGCCACGGCUGUUCCUGGUAAAACGGUAAAUCAGUGCAAGAAGAAAUUUACGUUGCUUAAGGAGAGCUUCAGAAGUAAGAAAAGUGGUGUUUAG